UACCAGCAGCAUGUCACAAUCACCCCUCGCCAGGUCCACACGAAGGAGCCUUCCCGCAUUUGCUCAGCCGCCCUCGAAGUUGUCAAGAAGCAAUGUGGCUUCAGAAGACCCAAAUUCGCCCUCGCCAUCGGGGUCCACUCGGACACCUUUAAAGAAGUUUGCGACACCGAGCCGAGAGUCCAUCAGCCGCUAUCGCAGUGUUGGUUCCUCUACUAGUACACCGGUGACCACACCAAUAAUACAUUAUUCCCCUUAUGCGUUAUCCACUCCGCCACAAAGUCUGAGCAAGAGUGCUAGUAUCCCGUUUGACAUGGUGGCCAGUGCUAAAGCAGCUCGACGGGCUGAAGAGGAUGUGAAACUGAGAGGUGCAGAAUCGAGCGCGAAGAAGAAGAAGUUUAUCAGGAAGAAGCCUCUCUACCAACGGGUCAUUGGAUUCCCUCAGAAAAUUACAGACAAAUUCUUAUAUCAUACGCCCGCUUCUAUUCUGGAUAUCCUUCCAGAUCCUCAUAUGGCAAAUCCCAUAGCGUUAGCUAUCCAUGUCGUUCAUUAUCUGCUUGUUGCCCCUCUCUUUGCGGCGAAAAGCGAUGACUUUGAGAGCGUUUUGAGGACAAGUCGUACUCGAAACGAUGUGUCAAGCCGCUGGGAUGAAUGGGAGAACGAGGAGAAGGGCGGAAAAUCUGGUCUAUUGGGGGGUCGUGUAAGGGCUAUCCUUGUACUUUUGCUAAUGGCAAUGGCGGUUGGUAACGCAAUUUACUUAUUCACUCGAUUCAGAACAUACGACAUGUUGCUUAGAAAUGCGCAGGAGACAGUACACUCUCCACAUGCUUCUCCCGUCCCCGCUCCCAAAGUCAAAGCUGCCAAAGACGACGAUGACGAGAAGGUCUUUGAGGCAGCACCUCGUGCCAAAGCGGAGCCCUGGGCCCCAAAAGUUCUCAAAUUUACUGGCAGAUCCCUCAUUUUUAUAAUCAAGCUGCUUAUCCAUGCGGUGUUUUCAGCUUUCGGCCGUCCGCAAGGGAAUGCCCCUUCAUUGAAGGACCUUGGUCAAGCUGAGAAUAAGAUCCAGUCUUUGCGGGUUUGGGACCCACCAGAAUUUUGUCUCGCCUUCUUUUGCGCAUACCCUCCAACUGCGCCCUUCAUUACCCAUCUUUUCACGCACAUCAACCCUUUCCUUACCCCUGUUCUUCAUGUCUCCACCACAUUCCUCCUUUCCAACCUGGCACAAUCAUACGCUCAACUCGUCAAAGAUCGAAUGCUACUUUCGGCAGAGGUUAUGCGCGAGUACGAUCAGAGGUUUGUGUACAAAAAGAUCUUCUCGAACAAGGUAGAUAGGGGAGUGAGCACCAACGAGUCUGAAUUCGUUGGUUUUUAAAUACAGUAUAUGCAUUUGCCAGCAACUUCCCUAAGACCGUUUACAGCAAUGUCCUUUUUGGAGUCGAAGGUUGCGAUGAUUUUCCAUGCGUAGUGCAUCACCAGAAUCAUCAAUGGAAUGCAAGAAUCGGAGAAGCUCUUUGCAAAGCUAUGGCGAAAUCAGAAAUAAGCCGAGAUAAACGCUGGCAAACAUUACUCACGUGAAACUCUUUCCCAUCGAUGGCUUGGCGUAGCAAUCGAAUCGUGUCCUAUUACAGGAUUAGUUCUGCUCACUAAUAUUCAUUGAUACACUUUUCGAACAGGUAUCUUGGUUUUCCGACAAGGUCAAAUAACAUUGGCCAUCGCUCAAUUUCAGUUUUUCGCGCGCAUCUGACGAUCACGUCGAGGCUUUCUGGGAAGUAAUCCAAAAAAACGAUGACGGCCGCAAGUACGCUUCCUUGCUUGCUAUUUCCGUCCUCAUUAUUGGAGUCUGAUUUCGACAAAUCUUCAUCCUCGAGGACAGAAUGUAGUAGCACCUCGAGCGAAUGGGCAAAGUAUACCAAAGGCUGAUAGUGAUGCGCCAAAAUGAGUGCAUUGGCCAGAGAAGGAGGAGACGAAGAUAAAUGAUAGCGGAGGAAUUGAGGGAGGAAGAGGUGGGUGCCCGUGAAGGUUUUGUGGAUGGGGAAAGGAAGAGUACGGGUAGAAGAUUCAUAGUCAACUCCGAUGAUGAUGCCCUUGUCCAUGAGUAUCGCUACAGCAUAUUGUCAGCCAUUGGCAUGAAUUAUCAUGAGAGGCUCACAUAAAGGGUAAAAAUCAAGCCGCAACUUGA